AGACAACAAGACCACGCUGUUUCCGAAUCAAAACGUGUUGCGAACAGCAGAGUAACGUUACUGAGAGUAGCAGAGAGCAGACUGCCGAGAGAACAGCUUUGUAGCCUUAACUACUCGAACGUGUGAUAGUCUCUACCCAGCAACGGGAUGGAGGCCCAACCAGAGGAGACAGCUUUGGUACAGGAGGUUCUUCAGAGCUCAGCAGAGACACACGGAGAGGAACUGGAACUGAACAACGGUACCAGCACCAAGCACCUGAAGGAUGGAUGCACAGCUGAGACAGAACCUCAGGGACUGACCUCCGUGACCUCAGACAGCCGUUUACCGGGAGAGUUAACGGGAGGAGCAGAGGAGAUGGAGGUUACAGAGAAUCUCAGCUCUGUCUCGAGCUCCGAGCUGGGAGAUGGAACCACACACACACACCUCCGCCAGGACCUCUCUCAGGACCCCCCCCAGGAUCUCUCUCAGGAACCCCCCCAGGUACUGCUGACGUUACAGGACGGUGUGUGUGUCAGGGACCAGCAGGACAGCAGCAGCUCCUCCUCAGACAGUGAUUCAGACUCCUCUUCCUCCGGUGUGACGCUGGCUGUUGUGUUAGGUCAGGCAGAUGAAGAUGAUGAUGACGACGAAGGCUUCAGUCGGGCAAGGAAACCCUGUUCCAUCAAAACCCUGGAUGAGAUCCUGCCUGAGGAGUUGCCUGCUGUCGAGGAGUUGACGGUUGUUCUACCAGAGGAGGCGGAGAUACUGCCCCUAGGAUCAGUCACCAGUAUCAUCCAACAGCUGGUGAUCAUUCAGUCAUUGAAGGACACGCCCCCUCUGAAGGACGACAGCGUCAUCUUCAACUCUGAUAGGCUGGCCGUGGGCAAGGUAUUUGAGGUGUUUGGGCCGGUCUCCAGUCCCUUCUAUGUGUUGAGGUUUAACUCAGAGAGUGACAUCGCAGAGAGAGGAGUGAAGCUGAAGGACUCCAUGUUCUACGCCCCGUCUCUCACCGACUACACCCUCUAUAUCCUCACUGAGCAGCUACGACGGUUGAAAGGCUCCGACGCCUCCUGGAAGAACGACCAGGAACCACCACCAGAGGCGUUAGACUUCAGUGAUGAUGAGGCAGAACAGAAGAUGAAAAGGAAGAAGAAGAAGGGGAAUGUUCAGAAGAGUGAGAGAGAAAGAGGACAGAGAGCUGACCAACAACCAGAUAGAGAUUCCGUCACCAGACCACAGAUGUCCCAGAGGCCUUUGCAACAGAGUCGUCCGCCCCGUCGUGACAACUGGGGUCCCCCACCCCGAUACGAAGGGGCUCCGUACUACACACACCAGCCCCACUACCCCUACCCUCCCCCCUACCAGCCCCAGUCCUUCCCCCUCUAUCCUCCCCCUCCUCCCCCCCACAUGUCCUUCCCCUGGUCCCCUCCCCCCUCUCACCCCUACCACAACCUCCCCUUCUCUCACCUCCCCCCUCCUCCCCCACCGCCCACUGGCCCCUAUCCUCCUCAGUGAGGACACACACAACUAGUGACUGUACACCUCACCUCCUUGACACUCAUCAGCGUUGUUUGACCAAAUCAACACAUUCAAGUAUAUUUUUACUGUCUGCAUUUCAUGUCUGUUUUAAUAGUUUCUGUUCUUAAAUCCCCGGUAGUAGAGACUAUUGUAGUGAUGAUGAUAACAGCUCUCUACAGUUUAAUUAACAAAUAUGAUCCUGUUCUGAUACCCUCCUCUCUGUAUCUGAGAGCUGUUGGCUAUAUGACCCUGUUCUGGUCUAUAACCUCAUGUACCCUCCUCUCAGAGCUGUUGGCUAUAUGACCCUGUUUUGGUCCAUAACCUCAUCAUGUACCCUCCUCUCU